AAUUUACAAUGCCAGAAUCUAAUUUCAUCUCAAGUUUAUUGCGACAAUUCUUCCACUUUCGUUAGUUAUCCUUUUGAUGACACUGUGCGAUAAGAUGUCUUGGCAAGUUCUUGCUUUUGUGUGUUUUACGUUACUCCUACAGUCUGUGGGAGUAUAUUCCGUUGCCCAACAAUGUUACUUCUGCAACAGUGAAGUUCAUGGAGCAGGAUGCAAUGACCCGAUUGCUCCAGAAAACAUCCAAAUUCAAAGCUGUUCCAGCUCGCAAAUAGUAUCCACCAGUAGCGCUUCCACAGACGAUGAAAUUUCAGUUCGAAGAGUUCGAGACACAUACUCAAAUGUCUGCAUUAAUAUGACAUACACGUUUGACUCAAGAAAUGUCUCCUCAAGAGGAUGCGAGACUGAGUACAUACUCACCAACGCCGGACUCUAUGAUAUCUGCUCUUACUAUGCCGCAAUUAUACCUGCCAGAAUAACAAACUUCAACUGCAACGUCUGCAUAUCUGAUCUUUGCAAUCACGCUGGCGCCGAUACUGGUGAGAUCGAGCAACCUGAAGAAGAAUUCCCCAACCCUGACGAUGACGCUGAUGAAGAAGAAACUCCCGAAGAAGAAACUCCAGAACAAGAGGAGGCCGAUGAUGAGGGCGAAGUAGGUGAAACUGACAGUGCUCAUAUUGUAUCGAUUUCGUUCACACUUUUAGUCUCUUUGGUUGUUGGAAAAUUAUGUAUGAUUUAAAGUCGUGCUAAAAUCUAUCAUAUUGUAAUAAAAUAAGCAUGAAAUAUAGUUAAAAGUAUGUUUUCUA